AUGUCGCAAUCCUAUGAAAAAAAUUACAAUUCAAGCUAUCUACGUUCGCGUUUGUUCCUCUACAUCUCGUAAUUAUUUAAAUUCGAUACAAGUCACGUUAUACAAAUGAGUACAAAAAUUUUUAAUCUUACAAAUAGUCGAAAUAGUAUAUUCGCAAACAUAUUAUUGCAAAAAAUGAAUAACAUGACACAAACAAAACCUAUAGAAUCAUCGAUAAGAAAGAAACUGAAAGAAUCGCUUGAUCCUUAUUUCAUUGAUGUUAUCAAUGAAUCUUAUAUGCACAAUGUACCUAAAGGAUCAGAAACACAUUUUAAAGUAGUUGUUGUUUCUGAACAGUUUGAUGAUAAACCUCUGAUUACGCGUCAUCGUAUGGUACACGAUUUAUUAAAAGUUGAAUUACAUGACAUACAUGCACUUUCCAUCGUAGCAAAAACACCUGAACAAUGGGAAAAAAGUAGUAAAACGUUUACACCUAGCCCUGCAUGCAGAGGAGGUUUUGGAAAAUGAUAUGCAACAGUACAUAGAGAUUGUAUAUAAUAUAGAUAUGAAUAUUGAAAUAUACUGAAUAAAAUUUAAUAAAAUAAUUUAAUGUUUAAAAACAGAUAAUUAAAAAAUAAAACAUUUUAUUAAUGUCACAAGGAAAA